UCGUCACUCGCCUCCCGUCAGUCGCCCGCCGACUCCGCUUGCGCUUGUGUGACUCGCGCCGCUCUGUGCACCGCACUCGUGCUCCGAACACGACGCGUGCCGCCCCGCUGUGGCCGCGAACCGCGACCUCUACGCUACCGGCGAAACGUUUCUCCUAACUUUCGUGCAAUUUGCUAUGUUUUAACAACUUUUGGACAUACACACUCCCCUACCCAGCUUGUUUACCCCUCAUCAUAGUUGAGCCCCGCACCGCACCGGCUUGCUCGCUGACCGCCGAGCCGCUAAUCUCGCUUUUUCGCGCCUCACCGUCGCCCGCCCAGGCCCGCCCCGACCGCCGCUAUGCUCGCGCACCAAACACCGCUCGCCCUCUGCUAAACUCAACCGUCAACAUCGAUACGAACGCGUGUGAUAAUAAUUUAAUACUCGCCUAAAUAAGCUUGCAACUUCGGUGUCUUUAUUCUAACUUAAUUGUAGGAUUAAUCAUAAUAGUAACGCAUCGCAACGCAACGUAAACAGUCAAUCCAGUCGUUGCGUCACCGCGACAUUAGCGUUAAAGUACGCGUGUGAAGUAGUGUGUGGUUGUGAGGGUGUGCGGGUGCCGACUAGUGGCUGAAGACAGCGACUAGGAAGUGUAAGGAGUGCAUGCCCAGAGCGCCAGUGCGCGCUCACCUCCCGCGGCCUAUGCCCCGCAGUCGAUCCACGUAACUACGUGCGCGAACUCCGCAUCCUACUCCAGUGGCAGUGAUGGCCACCAUGGUGAACAUGAAUAGCCUUCUGAACGGCAAGGACUCACGCUGGCUGCAGCUCGAAGUGUGUCGCGAGUUCCAACGGAAUAAGUGCUCGCGGCCAGACACCGAGUGCAAGUUCGCACAUCCCCCAGCGACCGUCGAGGUGCAAAAUGGACGGGUCACCGCCUGUUACGACAGUAUCAAGGGUCGGUGUAACCGAGAGAAGCCGCCUUGCAAGUACUUCCAUCCGCCCCAGCAUCUGAAGGACCAGCUGCUGAUCAACGGUCGAAACCACUUAGCUUUGAAGAACGCCCUAAUGCAGCAGAUGGGGCUAACGCCGGGCCAGGUGAUGCCCGGCCAGGUCCCCGCCGUGGUGGGCGGCGUGAGCGGCACCGGCGCGGCCGCGAGCCACAUCGCCGCAUUGGACCCGAUCAGUCUCGCCCUGCUCGCCCCGCAGGCGACGUCCCCGUACCUGUCGGGCGUGCCGGGCUCGACGUACGCGCAGUACUACGCGCCGCAGCUCAUGCCGGCGGUGCUGGGCCACGACCCGAACGCCGCGGCCGCCUCGCCUCUCGGCGUCAUGCAGCAGCCCGUGCUUCAGCAAAAGCUACCACGCACCGACCGUCUCGAGGUGUGCCGGGAGUUCCAGCGCGGCGCAUGCAAGCGCGCCGAGUCCGAGUGUCGCUUCGCGCACCCGCCGCCGCCCGUGGCCGCGCACGACGACGGCUGUGUCACGGUGUGCAUGGACGCCGUCAAGGGCCGCUGCGUCCGCGACCCCUGCCGCUAUUUCCACCCUCCCCUGCACCUGCAGGCGCACCUUAAGGCGCAGGCGCGCGGCGCGAUGGACAUGAAGAGCGUCGGAUCCUUCUAUUAUGAUAAUUUCGCCUUUCCCGGUGUGAUGCCGUACAAACGACCCGCCGCCGACAAAGCGGGCGUCCCCGUGUACCAGCCGGCGACGACCUACCAGCAACUGAUGCAGCUGCAGCAGCCGUUCGUGCCCGUGUCAUGCUGUGCCCCGACCAACGCGCCCUUUGUGGUUUACACCGACGAGCGCGGACAGUUACUGGACACCCUCCCGGUGUGCCAAGAUUUUAAUCGACAAGGAUGUACAAGACCUACCUGCAGAUUUGUUCAUAUUCGUGAAGGGUGCGGGCUGCAGGUGAUGGGGUGCCGCGUGGUGGUGUGCCGCGACGCCGCCUCGGGCUCGUGCCGCCGCGCCGCCUGCCGCUACUACCACAUCCCCGUGCAGUUGCCGCCGGCCCUGCGACCCCCCUAACCGCCCCGUCCUCCCCCUUCACCCUCACCCCCCCCUCUGCCCCCCUCUCGCCCUCACCUAGUUCUUCACCCAUCCGAGUCCGGUCCCAGGUACCGGCCCGCAUCGCCGCGGUAUUCCAUAUCGAUCGCGCCUCUGGCACACUCGGGUUCGGCAGGUUCGGCCGGAUCGCACUGUCGCUCCCGCUGCUGAGGUGGUGAUAUCUUAGUAAAUAUCGGUUAGUGUAGACUGUAGAGCGGCCGAAACGAGUCGCGCCCUACGCCGCCGGCGCGGCCCGCGACUCGCUUCCGCCGGGAACGUUCCUUACGAGUAAGUCUUCGGGAAAGAGUGUGUACAUAUUGUAGCGGGAUAUGAUUCUCAGGCACGGUCAUGCGAUUGUGAUAUGAAUAGAUUUCGAGGCGCCGGAGCCGUUUGAGUAAUUUUAUCGAGGUCGUACCGAGAUCGUCAAAUAGUAGUUAGUGAGGUUUCAAAUGUUUUAUUACUAUUGUAUAUUUUUUUUAAGAUACGAUAUGAGUUCCUGUAAAGAUCGGUGCGUCUGCCGUUUGGCGUCGCACAAACUUGUUGUAUAUAAGCGAUAUAAUGUUGAGAUGGGCGGCGCGGCGGCGUGAGUCACGCUCGCGGCCUGAGCGCCGCCGCGCCGGCCGCAGCUUCUGGCGAGACGGCCCAGGCCGGUGUCAAAAGUUGCCUCACCACACUCCUAAUGUGAGCAUUUUUGUGAGAAUUAUGUUAAUUUUUUAUGAAUUAUAAAAUUUUGUUUUAAUAGGUGACAAGUUUACAGUAGUUUAGAUUAAGUGAACCAGUAAUGAAACACCAAUAGAGUAGCCGCUUCUCUCCUUCGGCACUAAAACUUUUGACGCCGGAGCACAAUUCACGUCCCGUCGGGCGACGCCGCGCGCGCCGCCCGGUUCACACUUAGCAUAGAUCACGACACUCGUAGAGUGAUAGAGGACAGACAUUCGAAAUACAAUGAACGUUAUCGGACAAUAUUAAAAUGAAGAAGGCAUACUUCCAAGCUAUUUAAAUUCUAGGAUAGAACGUCGGCUUUAUUCCAGAUAGAUUUUGCUAGAUAAUCAUUAUUUUAUUGAUAUCGAUCCUCGUUUAUCGAAGCACAAAAUAGUGACCGGCGAUCGAGUCCGAUUACCUCUCGGGGAAGUACACGAAAUAGCUAUCGUUUUCGACACAAACAGUAUUAACGUUUUGAUCAAAUUUAUCUCGUCGUAUGUAUGUAGGGGUGAUAUGCGGAUAGAGAGAGGCGGGCGUGCGCGCUAGCGCGGCCCCGGUGGCGAUGCGAGCCACAGAGCGUGGCAUGCCGCACGGCACACGCCGCACGGCACAAGCCACUCGGCCUCGACGCCGCCGCCGAGUCCGGGCGCGCGCACCCCGGAGGCAUGGAAGCCUAAUGCCUAAUAUUAUUCCUAGUCCAUAUCCUUUUUGUUGAUCAGUCAUGCGAUUAAUAUUAGAAUAAAUAUUAAUAAUUUGAUUUAUUCCUCCCAUUUAGUGGAUAUUUUGAUAAUGAUAUAUUAAUAAUAAAAAAUAUUUAAGAUACAUAAUACAUAUUUGAUUCUAAAUCCUCAUAAAGUGACACUACGUUAGUAAUUUAGUCGGAGGGAUACUUGUGCCGUGAUUAUAUUUUUAGGUAUAUAUUAUGAAAUAAUUCCUAGCGUCGGAAUUAAAGAAGUGAUUAAUGUGUAAGCGUGUUAUGAUAUAUUUAUUGUCGUAUCGUAAGUGGAAUGCCAUAUCGAUAAAAGGUGAAUAUAUCGGAAGCGGAGUCAAACUCAUUAGAACUCGUUGCGUUUGUGUUUAUGUUGGUUGUUAUUAUCGGUCCGUGCUAGUGGCUAGGGUGAACUGUUCACUUUUAUCAAUACGGCACGCAGACUCUUAAAUGUAUAAGUUGUCAUUUUAUUUUUUGUUGAAAUUUAUCGUUUCAUGGAUUAUUUGUUGCCUAUAAUUUUUAUAAACAAAAUUUUAUGAUCUGACGCAUUUAUUGUAAGACAAUCGAUUACUUUUAUAAUUAAUUAGUGUGAUAAAAUUACUAUGGUAUCAAAUUGCCGUUAUGAAAGAUUGAACAUCGAAAGUAUCCUUCCUGUUUAGAAGGGACUCUUCUGGCCCAAGGUUUCUAGUGGAUUCUAUAUUUUUUUCUUUUUGUUGUAUUUUUAAUGUUGCGUGUUAUAAUAUAUUUCACAUAAUAUAUUUCAUUUUUGUGAUAUUUUUAACUAUAAAGUACUGUUAUUAUAAAUCCAAGUGGAAUAAUGAUGACCUAAUAAAAUAUUCAAGAAUUUAUUUGUAAAUCAAAAAAAAAUGUAAAACUGUAAAUAUAUUGACAAAAAAAUGAACUGCAACAAUAAUUGAUUAUUAUAUCUCUCGUCAAAUACACUGUAAGUUCUUUGAGUACCUUCCUAAUGGUAUCUAAUUAUGUAGUACAGUCUACUUAAAGGUAAACCGGUCCAGUGAACAAAAUAUUGAUAAUAUUGUGAACAUUUUUUAUUCACGAGCAAUCACAGAAAGUACAUGACAUUGUAAUAUUAUUUAUGAAAUUACUAUGUGAUGUGAUCUUCGGAUCAAUUUUGAGUACAGUAUAGAUAAUAAACAACUGAAUAUGUGA